UAUAUUAAGAGGCCGGCGAAUUCGUUCAUCUUGUUUAGGAAGGACUUUAUGCAAGGGGAGUAUGCGAGGAUGAGCAGGGAGGAGAAGGCACUGGUGCAGGAGAUGCAGAUUCAUACUGUCAUCUCCGAGAAAUGGAGAGCGCUCACGCCAUCCGAGAGGGCUUUCUGGGACGCCAAAGCAGCAGAGGCGAAAGCAGAACAUAUGCGCAACAAUCCGGAGUACAGGUAUCAACCAACGAAGAAGCCCGCCGGC